AUGCCACGCUCCUCAAGGAGCCCCAGGGACCCGUGUGACCCACUUGACAAUGCAACCCACCCCUGCAGGAAUCCCAGGCCCAGAAGGGUCGUCCAACGCAGCCGGAACGCUUGCAGGAUAACAGAGGAGUCCUCGCUAAACACGCACGACGACUUCCUGCUGCCAAUCCGUCUCAGUGGCCCACCCCCAGGCCUGACUCAGUGCAUCCUGGGAUGCAUGUCCUGGAUCACCUGCCUGGCCUGCUUCCUGAGGACUCAGGCCCAUCAAGUUCUAUUCAACAACUGCAGAUGCAAGCUGCUCUUCCGGAAGCUCAUGGAAAACACAGGUGUCCUGGUCCUCUGUGCUUUUGGAUUCUGGAUACUUUCUAUGCAGUUACCAUCCAAAAUGGAAGUCUGGCAGGAUGACAGCAUACAUAGUCCACUGCAGAGCUUGAGAAUGUAUCAGGAAAAGGUGCGAGAUCACACUGGGGAAAUCCAGGACCUCCGAGGUAAUAUGAACCAGCUCAUUGCCAAGCUCCAGGAGAUGGAAGCCAUGUCGGAUGAGCAAAAAAUGGCCAAGAAAAUAAUGAAGAUGAUACAAGGAGAUUAUAUAGAAAAGCCGGACUUUGCCCUGAAGUCUAUAGGGGCAUCCAUCGACUUUGAGCAAACAUCAGCCACAUAUAACCACGACAAGGCUCGCUCCUACUGGAACUGGAUCCGCCUGUGGAACUAUGCGCAGCCCCCGGACGUGAUCCUCGAGCCCAAUGUGACACCUGGCAACUGCUGGGCCUUCUCGGGUGACCGCGGCCAGGUGACCAUCCGACUGGCCCAGAAGGUCUACCUGUCCAACCUGACACUGCAGCAUAUCCCCAAGACCAUCUCACUGUCGGGCAGCCUGGACACUGCCCCCAAGGACUUCGUCAUCUACGGCAUGGAAGGCCCCCCAAGGGAGGAAGUGUUCCUGGGGGCGUUUCAGUUUCAGCCAGAAAACAUCAUUCAGAUGUUCCAGCUCCAGAACCAGCCCUCCCGGACUUUUGGAGCAGUCAAGGUGAAGAUAUCAAGCAACUGGGGCAACCCGCGCUUCACCUGCCUGUACCGCGUGCGAGUGCACGGCUCUGUAACCCCACCCAGAGAUCAGCCUAACUGA